UCGAUCUCAUUCUCGUCAUCGACCAAAUCGCCCCACUUACAACCAACCACCGCCGCCGCUGCCAUCAUUGCUUACGCCUCCGCGACGAGCUGCAAUGGCGAUCACCAGCGCGCGCCGCCGUCGGAUAGCCCUCUUGGCGGCGAACUACGCGGCGCUGCUGGUAGGUUCAGUCGCGGCGAGCCUUCUGUCCCGGUACUAUUUCGCGCACGGCGGCCAGAACCGAUGGAUUGUCACGCUGGUGCAGUCAGUUGGGUUCCCGCUGCUCGUCCCCGCCGUGUUCGCCUCCGGUCGCCCCGCCGCCGCGCCGCGCCCGUUCCUGUGGUUCUCCCGGAAGUUCCUCGCCGUCUGCCUGGUCAUCGGCGCCCUAAUGGGCGUCAACAAUCUGCUGUUCUCUUACAGCUCCUCGUUCCUGCCCGUGUCCACGUCGUCGCUGCUCCUGUCCACGCAGCUCGCCUUCACGCUCGUCCUGGCCGCCGUCAUCGUCCGCCACCCGAUCACCUUCGUCAACCUCAACGCCGUCUUCCUCCUCACGCUCAGCUCGGUGCUCCUCGCGCUCCGCUCGGGGGACUCCGGCGAGACCCCCGAGGGCGGCGGCCGGUCGCGCUACGUCCUCGGCUACGUCGUCACCCUGGGCGCGGCGGGGCUGUUCGCCGCGUACCUGCCCGUCAUGGAGCUCCUGUACCGCAGGGCGGUGUCCGGCGGGUUCAUCCUGGCCGUGGAGGUGCAGGUGGCGAUGCAGGCCAUGGCCACGGUGGUGGCCGCGGGAGGUGGCCGCGACGACGUGGCGCGCUGGGAGGGCUCCACGGCGCUGUACUGGGUGGUGGUGCUGACGCUCGUGCUGACGUGGCAGGCGUGCUUCAUGGGCACGGCCGGUGUGAUCUACCUGACCUCGUCGCUGCACAGCGGCGUGUGCAUGGCCGCCGUGCUCACCGCGAACGUGCUGGGCGGCGUGGUCGUGUUCGGCGACGAGAAGGCCGUCGCCACCGCGCUCUGCGUCUGGGGCCUUGCCUCCUACCUCUACGGAGAGUACAAAAAGAAGAAAGAGGAUGACGCUUCUCCGUCCGCUCCCGAGUACGACAGCGUCGGCAAGAACGGCGGCGACGUCCCUGGUCGCGAGCUCGAAACCGUGUAAAACAGACAAGACCGUGCCACACGCAGGUGAUAUAGGAGCCAUGCGAGAAAAGCUAGAAACGCGUUGUGUGUACAAAAAAUAAAAAAGGCUGUAGUUUUUUUAUUUAGUUUUUUUUAAAAAAAUAGAUAUGCAUGUGUGGGACCUGAGACGCAUGGGUUUAUCUUGAUUCUUAAUGUAGGCUAGUAGCAAAAAAGAAACAGUGAUCAUAUAGGUAGCACAGUGAUUGAACGUAUCCGGCCGUAUGAUUAUUUGAAAUUAUCUGAUAGGGCGUUGUGUAUCCUUUAUAUUGUCUAAUAUAAAAAAUAUGAUAAGGCGUUGUGCAUGAGAUAAACACUAUAAAAAAGAACAAUUUUACAAGAUAAUAGUUUAUGCAAAAAAACAAAUUUAAAAAUAUAUACAGAAACAAUACAAAAUCCGUGCGGUGAUCAGACCAUAAUAAUAACAC